CUGCGAAUCAUCAUGGCGGCCAGUUCGGUGUUCCACAGAGUCCGGACGGGCUCAAGGAUCGGGGCGCAGUACGACCAGGAUGGCAACGUCAUUCAGGUGGAGACGCGUGAGGACGAGGAGCAGACGGCCAAGCUGGCCGACAUCCUGGAGCUGCUGCUGGCCGCCGGCUACUUCCGCGCGCGGAUCAAGGGCCUGUCUCCUUUCGACAAGGUCGUGGGAGGCAUGACGUGGUGCAUAACUACCUGCAACUUCGACGUUGACGUGGACCUUCUUUUCCAAGAGAAUUCAACCAUAGGUCAAAAGAUAGCCCUCACCGAGAAACUCGUCUCAGUCCUGCCCAAAAUGAAGUGUCCCCACCGCUUGGAGCCCCACCAGAUUCAGGGGCUGGACUUCAUCCACAUCUUCCCCGUUGUGCAGUGGCUUGUGAAGUGCGCCAUAGAGACGAAGGAGGAGAUGGGCGACUACGUGCGCGCCUACUCCGUGUCCCAGUUCCACAAGACUCACAGCACCCCGGAGGACGAUGAGUUUGUUCAAAGGAAAGAAAAAGCAGUUAAAACACUUGUGGAUGUGUCUGAGGUGUAUAAGCCACAGAGGAAAUACAAACGGCAUGCCGAUGCAGGUGUGCUGCUGGACGAGGAGUCCAGGGUUCACUCCACUCUGCUGGAGUAUGGCAGACGUUAUAUAUUUAGCAACAAGUCAAAAGAAGAAAAGGGAGAGGAUAGAAAGGCGUCCUUGGGACAGGCUCUUCCAGCAGGCUUGACGGAGCUCUCAGAAGAAGAGGACCUCCAGGCUGCAGAGGAGAUGCGCAUUAAAACUCUCAUGACUGGCAUGGCCAUGAUGGCAACAGAGGAGGGGAGGCUGACUGCCAGCACGGUGGGACACAUUGUGGGCAUGCAGUCGGAGGAGAUCAAGCUGAUGGCCUCGGACUAUGCAGACAGACAAUCGGAGCGGCUGUUGGAGGACCGCUCUGAGCGGUACGGUCCGGCCCAGCAGCACCGCAGGCUCGUGGCAUCUCUCAACAAGCAGAUCCAACAGAAGAGCAAGCACCUGGAAGAGCUGCAAGCCAAGCAUUCGGAAGUGCAAGUGGGAUGCAGAGAAGCAGAGCGCAAACUGAUGGAGGCUACAGAGUUGACAGAGAAGUUGGACAAGGAGCUCAGUGCCCUGGAGGAAGAGGAGGCCCAAGCUGAUUCUAGUGUGCUGGAGAAGUUGAGAGGCUUGGUCGCCAUGAAUGAGAACCUGAAGAAUCAAGAACAGGAAUUCCGAUCCCACUGCAGGGAGGAGAUGACACGUCUGCAACAACUCAUCGAGAACCUAAAGAUGGAGAUGGGGGAGAACGGUAGCGAUGAGAAGGAGCAGAACAAGCUGAUAGAAAAGCAGUACAACGUGGACCGGGAGAAGCUGCAGAAGAUCAGACUGUUGCUGGCCCGGAGGAACAGGGAAAUUGCCAUCCUGCAGAGGAAGAUUGAUGAAGUGCCGAGUCGGGCGGAGCUCACCCAGUAUCAGAAGAGAUUUAUUGAACUCUACGGGCAGGUUUCAGCAACUCACAAGGAGACCAAACAGUUCUUCACUCUCUACAACACACUGGAUGACAAGAAGGUGUUCUUGGAGAAAGAGGUGAACUUGCUGAACUCCAUCCAUGACAACUUUCAGCAAGCCAUGGCAUCUUCCGGAGCCAAAGAGCAGUUCCUCAGGCAGAUGGAGCAGAUUGUGGAGGGAAUCAAACAGAACAGAAUGAAGAUGGAGAAGAAGAAACAGGAGAACAAGAUGAGGAGAGACCAGCUGAAUGAUGAGUAUCUGGAGCUACUGGAGAAGCAGAGGCUUUACUUUAAGACCAUCAAGGACUUCAAGGAGGAAUGCAGGAAGAAUGAAAUGCUGCUUUCUAAGCUGCGAGCCAAGGGUGCCUCGUAGUACUUGACUGCAAGCUGCGAAUCAUGCUUUUACAUGUAAAAUGCCUUAGUGUCA